AUGCACUUGGUAGUGGUGGUCCAUGGACUAUGGGGUAACUGCUCCCAGAUGAACCAUAUCAAGGCGGAACUUGAAAAAUAUCAUCCUACAAACACGAUAGUAUACACUACUGGAACCCAUGCUGGGUACCUCACUUACGAUGGAAUCGAUGUCAAUGGAAAGAGAAUAAGAGACGAAAUAGUGGCGGAAACUGAACGCUUGGAAACUACCGGAACAUCGGUGACAAAGAUAUCCAUCAUUGGUUACUCCUUGGGUGGUUUGGUGUGUAGGUAUGCCAUUGGUCUACUCUACCACGAGGGCUAUUUCGACAAUAUUGUUCCCGUCAAUUUCGUCACUUUUUGCUCUCCUCACGUUGGAAGCUUGAACGCCAGUAUAGGUAUUCGUGACAGGAUCUAUAACUACUGUGCUCCUUAUGUCUUGGCAAUUACAGGUUCCGAGCUCUUUCUUAAAGACAAUACCUAUGCCAACACUGCCAUGGGAAAGUCAAAUGUGAACAAGUUGCCGUUGCUCGUAUGGAUGGCAGAGCCAAACUCGUACUUUUACAAAGGUCUCCAGAUGUUCAAGCAUCGUGCUUUGUACGCUAACACCAUCAAUGACAGACGCUGUAGUUGGUACACUGCGUCGAUCUCGGCGCUCGAUCCGUUCAAUUCGAUGGUCAACGAGAAUACCAGUGCCUAUCUGUUUGAGUAUAUGGAGAACUACGCACCCACCGUCUUGGACAUCUCGAAACCGAUAAACUUUCAAAAGAUUCACCACAAUUCGUUGUACAAAUCUGGCACAACAUUUUCUCGGUCAAUCUUGAAAAGGCUCCGGCUCGUCAAAGUCGUGCUUAAAAUGAUCGUUCUUGCUCCAGUCCUAGGUAUUUUUUUCAUGUGCAAUUCCGUGUGGGAAAGAAUCAAACUUCAUGUGAGAGUCAGGUCUUAUUUACGAGACCACUCUUCAGUAUUGUCCACCAUUAAGGAAUCGUUACCUCAACCACCUGAGAACGAUCAGGCAGCAAAUGAAAUAGCUCGCGACACCUGCCAUGAGUCUUUCUUUUACUCGUUCGAAACUUACCUUGCGAGCCACUUUAAAGACCAAACAGAAGUUUUCGUCGACAAUGUGUUCGAUGCCGUUAAUACAGAGCGGUACCACGACUAUACCUACUCAAUCACCACCGCCAAGGGCAAAGGUACUUCCACCCCAAAAGGCAUAACGAGAUCGAUCAAACAGAUGGAUGAAGACGAAAAACAGGCACUUUUGGACAACUCUAUUAUAAAUCUUGAAGGGCAAACUCUUCUGGACUUUAGAGUUCGAUUGACCAAUUCACAGCUUUAUAUCGUAAAGCAUCUCAAUGAUCUAAAGUGGGAAAAAUACCCUGUAAUUAUCAGAAAGACAAAGUUGGCACAUGCGGCUGCAAUUUAUAGACUUGACAUUCCCGCCUACGAUGAAGGAAAGGUGGUGGUACGUCAUUUUGCCAAAGAGGUGUUCAAGGACGAGUAG